AUGCACGAGAGCGCGACAAUUGUCGCGCAACGAAAUCAUACUGAUUGGUUAAAAAUUAUGAUUAUCAUGCAACUGAUGCGACAACUCGCAGAAUGGCGCCAUAUUUCAUAGAGGCGACGGAUUUCUUCACGUCAGCGUGAUUUCGUCGCGCGACAGUUGUCGCGGUCGCGUGCAUGAAAUAGUACCUUAAAAAGUUAAAAAGUAAAGUUGUCCGGCUAACUUCACAGAGGUAAUGUGCGCGCACUUUGGAUGGUCUGUGCUUUGGAUAGUGAAACUUUCUAUUCCUGAAAUGAUAACUUUUCGUCUUUGCAAAUCAGAAUCAUAAAUAUUUUUUAAAAAAAUGUUACGUAUUAUGAAAUAUAUAACAAGAAUUUCUGUUAAUAAAUUAGAUGCGGCGGGUUUCUACAUAUAUAGUUUGCAUGCAACUGAUUGCAAGAUGUUCGACAAAGGUUUCCCAGAGCACUGUGAUUCAUCAAGCACAAAAAAAAUACAAUCUAUGUACAUUUGGCCAACCUACACCUAUAACACACCCUCACCUGUUGAAGGAAGGAGAACUUGUGCCAGGCAUUAACUUAGAAGAAUUUAGAAGCAGACGUAACAAAUUAGUACAAAGGAUUCUCUCACACAUGCAUAUAGGAAACAAACUGAAUCGAACACAAAUUAUAAUCAUACCAUCAGCAUCAAAAGUUUAUAUGUCUGAAAAGAUACCAUAUGUGUUUCGACAGAAUACAGAUUUCUUAUACUUUACUGGUUGUCAAGAAGCAGAUUGUGCCUUGAUUAUUACAAUAAGUAAGGAGAAUUUUACAUCAACUCUAUUUGUGCAGAAGAAAGAUGAACAUUCUGAAUUAUGGGAUGGCCCAAGAACAGGUGCAGAAGCAGCACCUUCUUUAUUUGGUGUUGAUCAGGCACUACCACUUUCAGAAUUCGAAAAAUUUUUCAUUUCUCUAAUUAAUGAAAAUAAAAGCUGUGUUCUUUGGUACGAUGAAAAAAAUCCAGUGCAACCCGAGUUACAUAAACAAUUAUGUCAACUUGGGAAAAUAUGUAAUGUGCAUGCUUUUGUAUCUCCAAAAGCAAUAUUUCAUGAAAUAAGAUUAAUAAAGUCACAAGCAGAGAUCAAAUUAAUGCAGAAAAGUUGUGAUAUUGCUUCUAGAGCAAUAGUUAAGACCAUUGAAAUAUCAAAGCCAGGAGUAGAUGAACAUCAACUUUUUGCUAAUGUAGAUUAUGAAUGUCGUAUGAAUGGUGCUGAGUUUUUGGCCUAUCCUCCGGUUGUCGCUGGUGGUAAGAAUGCCAAUAUUAUUCACUACAUUACAAACAAUCAAAUUGUUCAAGAUGGCGAUAUGGUCCUCAUGGAUGCAGGUUGCGAAUAUCAUGGGUAUUCAUCGGAUAUCACAAGGACAUGGCCUGUAAACGGUACCUUUUCUCCUGAACAACGUGUAUUGUACGACAUAGUUCUUGAAGUUCAAAAAAUCUUGAUUCAAAGAUUGAAGGAUAUGCCGACUUUAGACCAAUUAUUUCAUGAAAUGUGUAUAUUACUUGGAAGAAGACUGCAACAGAUCAAUCUUAUACCAAACAAUUUUAGUGAAGACAAAUUAUUAGCUGCUGCAUACUCUUAUUGUCCACACCAUGUGAGCCAUUAUCUGGGAAUGGAUGUGCACGACACAGGAAAGAUACCACGAAGUGUCAAAGUAAAACCUGGAAUGAUAAUCACAGUGGAACCAGGUAUAUAUGUAAAUCAGAAAAACAAAUUUGCCACAUCAGAAUUUUAUGGCUUAGGAGUUCGAAUUGAAGAUGACGUUCUUAUCAGAAAUGAAGGUCCACUUAUAUUGACGAGAAAGUGUCCAAAAGAGAUUGACGAUAUCGAAGAACUUGCUAAAAGCACCAGGCCAUAAUGAUAAUGUAAAUAUAUUUGUAUAUACGUAGUUGUAUAAAAAUAUCGUCUUAUAGCUAGAAACUUAUAUUUACUACUUACUGUAAAUAAAAAAGUUGUAAUGCUAAGAA